GUCCUUUCCAGGUCCUUUCUCCACUUUGCGCGCAGUGCACGACCUCGCGGUACGACCUCGCGGGCCAUGACGCGGUACGACCUCGGCCCAAAGAAUGCGUCGGUUCUGCCGACGCGGCGUGGCCUUUGUGGUCAUCAUCCUGCUUCUUCUUGCUGUUUUGGUUGGGCUGACUUGGGAGUCAGAAUGGCUGCCUGAUGGUUUCGCCAAUUUGGUGAGCUCCCAGGCUCUCACAAGUGCAGAGCCAGUUGAAGGAGGAGCAGAUGGAGCAGAUUUGGUUGCGACAACCUCCACUGCUCGACAGACGACAUCCACGACUUCCUCGAAGCCGAGGGACGAUGGUUUAUCCUUGUUUUGUUUCGCGUGGACCCCACGACGGAAGUUCGACGAGCAGCUUCUGUCGGAAGUGCGGAUUCAGUUUGCGAAGUGUGAUGGACAUGUCUUUUACACCGACAUGGGUUCUCCUGGAGCAGAGGAGGAUGACUUCGUUCGAGUGAAACUUCCCGCUCAGAAAGUUUCCAGAGACAAGGGUGGCUGGCUCUACCACAGGAACAUGGUGGGUUUGAUGCCUGCACUGACGAACCUCCUGGGAUCAAAGCUGAUAGAGCGCUAUGAUUGGUUCAUCAACUCUGAACUGGACCAUUUCUUAAGCCCAGCCAGGGCAAGGGCCAACAUAGCUGCCUACGUGAGUCACAUCGAUACUCCAGAGGACCGCCCUGUCAUGCUAAUGUGGGGUAAUGCUUUCGUCUUCAACCGGAAACUGCUUCAAGAGCUGCAGAAGUAUUGGCAUACGUUAGGUGUCACCGCAUCUGACAACGGCACAAAAGAUGAAGCAAUUGCUGUUGGAUGCCCUAUGUUCAUGAAGGGCAAGGCAGAAUGGCCGGGCUCUUGCUCACAGGACAUCAUUUAUCCGGCAUUAGCCUGGGACAUUUUACCGAAGAUCUCCAAGCAGAAGGUGAUGACCUUGGGGGAUCCAGGCUGUGGACAUCCGUCCAAGUUCCAGAACAAGGAACUCCCUCUUGGAUGCUGGGAGAUGCAACAGAACCCCUUAGGUGGUGAAUCCUUGCAAGGUGAACUGAAAGCAAUUCGAGUACUAGCCGACAUGGAAAGUUUGAAUGCGGAAGCAGCCGAGUCGUAUUGUGUGGCGCACGGUGAUCCGCUUGCAAAGAACUGCAAGAAGUUUCACGAUGGAAGGCACGUUGCCGUGAUUCACCAUGUGAACAAUCUCGCAGUGCACAGCUUGGCGCGCCAACUCUUGGACCACGAGACAGUCGGCGCGGUCGCUAGCAGUACGGCCGCUGGUGCGGUGGCUGGUGCGGCGCCUUUGCAGACUGCGGUUUCAACGUCAAAAGCACCGGCACCUUUCUUGGCCACGGCUUCGCCAACUGCCGGUUCUUCCGUUCCUGUCAGUCAGAUGGGCCAUUCCGUCAGCGACAUUCCUGUUUCUCGCCCCAAUCGGCUCAGUACCAAUAUGACCUUGUUCUGCUUUGCGUGGUCGCCUCGACGCAAGAAUGAUGAAGGGGUGCUGAACGAGGUAAGGAAGCAGUAUCGGAAGUGCGAUGGACAUCUCUUUUUCACUGACACCGCAAGUCCCAACAAGACAGAUGAAGAGGACUUCGUGCGCAUCAUCGUCCCACAGCAAAGGCUGGCACGUGGCCAUGGUCAAUGGCUGUACCACCGGAACAUGGUGGGAUUGAUGCCUUCAUGGGAAUACUUGUUGCAGUCAGGUGUAGCAGAUCAGUAUGAUUGGUUGCUGAAUUCAGAGCUGGACCAUUUCCUCAGUCCAUCUCGUGCAAAGGAGAACAUCGAGGCCUAUUUGCAGAAAAUGGAGGAGGGCAACAACGAAGAUAAGCUCGCGGUGGAUGGUCCGAUCAUGCUGAUGUGGGGGAAUGCUUUCGUCUUCAACCGGAAGUUCGUUCAGGCGCUCAAAGAACAUUGGCCUGUUGUGGGUCAAGUGGCGUCAACGGACAACCAAACUUCAAAGGAAGGCCGUGCUGUUGGUUGUCCCUUGUUUAUGAAGGGCAGAUCAGAAUGGCCUGAUUCGUGCUCUCAAGACAUCAUUUACCCGACUUUGGCUAUGAAUGUCUUGCCACCUUUGAAAGUGAAGGUAGCCUUUCCUGGAGCAUCUGGCUGUGGCCAACAUUCCAAGAACCGGAAGAACAGGGAGUAUCCCUUGGGAUGCUGGGAGAUGCAGCAAAACCCUCUGCAAGGAGAGUCAGAAGCGGGAGAAUUGGCGGCCAUCAAGGAACUCGCUCAAAUGGCUACAUUCAAGGCCAAAAGCGAAGCAAAGGCUUACUGUGACCGCCAUGAUUUGGAAGUCAUGCAGAAGAACUGCAUGAAAUUCUGGGAUGGCAGGAGGGUUCCUCUCAUCCACCACCUUCACACAGUGUCUGAGCAUGUUUUAGCCCGGACGCUGCUGGAUAAUGACCCUGACCCUUGAGAUUGGCCAAACAUUGGCCAACUUGGUUUGUGGAUAGCGAGCGACAAGAUGCAAUGUUGAAAUGGAGUGGCUGUGCGUUACGAAUAGGCCUGUGCAAGACAUGCAUCUUGUGCAGCUUCAUGCAGCUUCAAAUUCCUCAAAGCAAGCUUUGCGAGCACAUCUCAACAAG